AUGGAUAGAAGUAGAGAGGCUGGAGAGCAGGGGGAAGUUGCUAGUGGAGGAGUGGGGACUUACCAACCAGCCAGCCCUACGCUACCUACUUCUUCUACACCAUCUCUUACUACCGUGGACCCUGUGAAAGCUUUCUCUAUUGAGAAAUUCAUUGGGGAGGACUACGAGCACUGGAGUUUCCGCAUGUGGCUGAUGUAUACCCAAUACAAGCUAUUGGAUUUGGUGGAGGGUAAGGAGAAGAUGCCGGAGGCCGCGGAGCUGAAAGGAGCGUGGAUGAAGCGAUCGUUCGACGCGUACAUGCUCAUGGUGCAAGCGCACCUGCGGCGGCGGAGUGUGGAGCGUUCGGAGGAGGGGGCUGGCUAUGGAGUUGGAGGUGGAAAGAGUGGCUUCAAGAAGAAGUGGAAGGGCAAGAACAAGGAUAACCCUAAGGAGGAUGGCGGCGGGGGUCAAGGGGAGGUGUGCUUCUACUACAAGAAGCGCGGACAUCAUUGGCGGAAGUGCUACUAA